AUGAUAAGCGGCAAUAAUGGACGAAACACACGUGGCGAAGAUCCGGUUAAGAGAAGAGCUAGAAAUCGGUUAUCACAACGGACAUACCGUCUCAGGCAAUCUGAAAAAGUGAGGGAACUUCAAAGAUCUGCUGAAGCAGGAAGUGUAACACAAAACGAAGCAUUUGAAAGGAUACGUAACGAAAAUUAUCAUCUUCGCAAGCAGCUUGUCGAUGUACAAUCGACAUUGACUAAGCUCACAGAAACGUUGCAAUCCUUGACUGGCUCGGUUUCAAACGUUUUGCAUAAACCUUCAACUGCAGGCCCUGAGAGCGAGGCUGGAUUUGAAUCAUUGGAAGGCUUGAAAGGGGGCUUAUCCCAAGAUACGUUUCUCGAGGCCGAACUGCUGGAUUCUGCGGUUUGCUCCUUAUCUGAGGUACCUGAGCAGCUAUCAACACUUGAUACACUGAUACCCACUGGCUCUGCCUCGCAAGUAUAUCAACCUCCUCCUCACUUGGAAGCGCCGUGCGAAGCGUUUGACUGGCAAACCCUUCCCGGUGACAUCAACUGCAUAGUACCUCAGAUACCACAUAUCUGGAGCCAUGAGUACCAGAUGGGCCUCCAGCCAUACAUGAAAGCUCUAUCCCAUAGUGCAACUUCGAGCCUUAUAUUGGGCAAGCCUUGGGUUGAAACGAAUUCUCCAUUUUCGGAUCACAUAUCAACACUCCGCGACUUGAUGAGAACAAGUAUUGGCCAGACCGAGAUGCAAUCCGAACAGCAAGAAAGACCGUAUCGACAAGUUUUGGGAGUACUUGCACUCUUUAACAGCCUCACGCGCCCAGCAGCCAUGGCGUGGUAUGCGAAAACGAAAUUCUACCACAUCGUCGAUUUGACCGUUUGGCAGCUUAACCCAUGCCCAGAAAUGCUGUCAAAGGUACACACACAAUAUAAACCAACAAUGCUACAGUUACAGCACCAGUAUCCGAGUAUUAUCGACUGGGCCCCAUUCCCAGCGCUAAGGGAUCGAUUAAUUCGACUGCACGCUGCAAACCCCCAAAUCGACCAAAUAUUCGUGGAUAUCGUGAGCAGCUAUGUGGUAGAAGCCUGUCUGGCAGAUUUGGUCUUCGGCGCCCCUCCAACAAACGUGUAUGUACGGGUGACUGAUAUUGCCGAAGGAGCAGCUGUUAUGGGCAAUAAAAAUGUCGACCCAUCCACCGUACUUCCAGCUGCAGAUAUGGCAUUUCUGUUCUCUGUCCCUGAGUGUGCUCAAGCGGUAUUCAAACUUUUGAAUAUGGACCACGGGGUUUCUCAAUAUAAGCUCGACCCAUCGUUCUUUGGGACUUAUCCUGAACUGUUCGACCCUGAGAAUGAUAUUGCAGCAAAGGGUGUGUCUAUAAGGCCAAAUAGUCAAACACGCUUGCCCUGUCCAAGUCGUUUGGAUGACUUGACCUUCCAGACGUACCGGAGCUUUAUGGCAUUUCAUACUCUCGCGCCUUCUUGA